GAGCCCUAUAGAUCAAUGGUUUCAUCAGCUGAUAAUGACAAGCCGACUAUUGACAUCGAUGUGCCAAAGUUGAAGGCUUAUGAGUCAUAACGAUGAUAGCAUCCAACAAAAAAUCUGAAAUUCUCACCAUGAUUUGAUGGCACACGUACAAUAACGAGUGCAGCUGUUUGCUUUUACAGCCUCCGAGUAAACAACGGUAAAACAAUUGCGUUUAUAUAUUCAAAGUCGGGCUUCGAGUGUAAAAAGAUUAGUGCUCAAACCAGUUGCUCAAAAGUAUGUUACCGCGUGGUUAUUGAAAUAUACGAGUUCGCUCGCAUCAUCUGUUCUCGAUGUUGUCAGCGACACAUUUAGCUCGUAUGUGCCAUUUGGAAGUAGCACAUCGUCACCGUAGCUCGUUGGCGAGACAUGCUCGAAAGCCAUCUCAACAUUUAAUUACCUCGAAUCUUUAUCACCUGUGAUAACGAGCUUUUUAAACAGAAUGUGUGAUAUGACUUGAUUAUUACCAGCUCCUUCCAGACCACAAAUGGGAAAGUGAUGGACUGCGAUAGAAGCAUGCAUAUGGAACAUAGGAAGAUUCAUUAUAUGCUGGUAUAUUCUUUAAAUAACAUGCCAUGUAUAGAUUUCCAGAUAUAUUAUAAAUUGAAUGAAUAAAAAAAUGAUAAUCUUGUCCUCCUAUUGAUAAGAGCUUCUAACAAAUAUCAGGUUGUUACAAUGGAUAUUGGCAUUGUCAAAAUUGCAGAAGAUAAAGAUUUUGAGAAACUGAAGCAGCUGUAUGAUGAUAAUAACAAUUGGAAAUUAGAUUAUAACAAGCCUGAUUUAUCUGUUUGGACAAAAUCCGUCCCAGGAAUUAGUUUUAAAAUAGUGAAAAUUAGAACACGUUUCCCCGAUGUCUCACCAGAAACACUGUACGAUGUUCUACAUGACCCUGAAUAUAGAAAAGUUUGGGACACUCAUAUGAUUGAAUCAAAAGAUAUAGGGUUUUUUAAUCCAAACAAUGAUAUUGGAUAUUAUUCCAUGGCAUGUCCAUCUCCGUUAAAAAAUAGAGACUUUGUCCUUCAACGAUCUUGGUUGGAUACUGGUAUAGAACAGUUAAUAUUGAAUCAUUCUGUUUAUCAUAAAGAUUAUCCACCUAAAAAACACUUUAUACGAGCAACAUCUUACCUCACAGGCUAUAUUGUAAGGCCUUCGCGCAAUGGAGACGGUUCCGAGUUGGGUUAUGUAUCACACACAGACCCACAUGGCAAAUUACCUGUGUGGCUUGUUAAUAAAGUCACACAAAUAUUUGCUCCUAAAAUGGUAAAAAGAUUGCAUAAAGCUUCUGUGGGCUAUCCAAGCUGGAAAAUACUUAAUAAUCCAAAUUAUAAACCUUGGCAUUAUCCUGAACAAAUAAUGGCACCUAGAAUACGUAUCGAAGAAUGCGUAAAAUCUGCAGAAGAGAAGAAUUCAAAAUAUAAUUAUGUAGAUGAAUCUAAUUUAAACGAAAGUUUGGUUAAAGAAUCUGCCACUAUGGAUAGCGAUUAAUUUAUAACGAUACAAUAGAUACUUGACAUUUUUUAGGUAAGUAGGAUAAUAGUGACUAGAAUAAUAAAAAAACUGUAAUGAAAAGUUCCAAGAGUAUUAUAAUAUUAAAUGCAGAUAAAUCAUAACGGACAAUUUGUACAACUAUUAAAGUUCGAUUUGCAUAUUUCUUACAUAAUAAAUGAUUCUAAUUAUACACAACGCAACAUAUUUAAUGUAUGUGUACGUAGAACAUUAAAAGUCACAUAUUCAGUUGUCAUAUGCGCAGGCCUGUACGGACAUGGCUGCAGUAUAUGUAAACAUCAACGAAAAUAUUCGAUGGCCUACUUUGCAUUAGGCUCUAAUUUCUAGCCAGGUUUGUUGUUGGUAUUGUUAAAGCGCGGAAAUAUAUAAUAAGAUGCCAUACAAUAUAGAAGGUAUACUUGAAACUCUUUUUAUAAUUUAUAUCAUAAGGCGUAUGCGUGUAUAUGCAUAUGGAUAUAUGUGCGCGCGUGUGUGUAUGUGUAUAUACACAUACAUACAUACAUACAGGAUGAAUCAAAGUCGUUGAACCAACUUUUUACCC